CUUUCUCUUCCUCUUAUUCUCCCUAUCUCUCUCUCUCUCUCCUCACCUUGUCUCGACUUAUUUCACCCAACAACUCCUCCCUCUCCUCCUUAAUUACUUCUCUCUAUCUCACACGAUCACAUUAAUCUGGAUGCUGCGACCACCAAGAUUGCUCACGGUGCUGCUUGCCUGCUGCAUCUUUCUCUUCAUAGGGGUUAUCCUCUCUUCAUCAGCUCCUUCUCCUUCUCCUUCUCCUUCUUACCUUCCCUCUUCAUAUACCCCUCGUCGUCCUACCUCCCUCAGAACCAGAGUCAAUACUUAUUAUCAUACCAAGAAUGAUCAAAACUCUCUUUCUUCCCCUUCCUCUCCUGGACAAGAGGAUCUGCAAUCAUCAUCCAGUGACAACGUUCAGAGGCAAAUUUCGUCAAACAAAGUGACUCGUCAACUGCGAUCUACCAAAAAAUCAAUCACUAAGCCCACAUCCUUGCCCGCCAAAAACCCUGUAACCUCUCCUGCUAAAGGUGAUCAUCAACAACAACAACAACAACAACAACAACAAGAUCAUUAUGGCUCAAAACGAGUUCAGGAGAAUGAGACUCGAUAUUUGAUGUAUAUUCCUUACGCAGGUAUAACGAACCAGUUAAUCUCAAUUUGGCAUGGUUCUUUGAUCGCCAAGGCUCUGAACCGGACCUUGCUUAUCCCCAACCUGAGCCCGAACGUACAUGUGGAGAUCAGUGGUGACGAACAAACUGAGCCGGCACCAAGCAGAUGGUCUGAAUUCUUCGAUCUCGAGUAUUAUUCUGAGAAGACUGGCCUGAAGCUUGAAGAGCUGGAUACCUUCUUGGCCAAGAGAGGGAUUGUGGAGCGAUCGAGUGUUCCAGAAGACAUAUUCAGUAUCAACAACGACAAAAAUAAUGACAACAUUAAUAAGAAUGGCAGUGGCAGACGAAUGAAGCGAUCCCUCAGCAUUCACCAGGAUAAGGGCUUUAAAGAAAGGGACAGGAAGAGAAAGGUGAACAAGAGAUGGAUUCAGUUGGGUUCACCUAUCGUGUCAUCUUCUUCUACAUCUUCAUCCCCAUCCUUAUUUUCAUCCUCCUCAUCCACUUCCACGUCGACUUCGACGGAUACCCUUACUUUAAACUACCGAACCAAUCUCUCUCCCUCUUCAGCAGCCAAAAAAGUUCCAGUCUUUCGGCCAGUCAAAUUCCCCGCAGUCCAGAAAUGCUUCAGUGAGGCUGGGUAUGGCGCAGAUCAUCGGAUCGACAUGACCGGCCGCCAAUUCCAGCAGAGAUAUAAUAUUGAUCCACAGCUAAUUCCGACUCCCUAUCUCGAUCCCGAGAAUGACAAUAAGACUAUUUGGUCCCGUUGGCGCAUGGAUAAGGUCAUAGAGCGGUAUCAACAGCCGGAAUAUAAUCAGCAGGAGAUCUUGUGUCUGGGACAUGUCUACAGACUCUUACCCGGAGGAGUGAAUCGUGCCUGGGUUGAGUUCGGCCAGCACUUUCGAUACACAGAGAAGGUGGAACAUUUCAUUGAUGAGAUCUUGGAAAAACUUUUACCCAGAGAUCAAACAGAGGAGCAAGCAGGCAAUGUUGAGUCCGUUCAGCAAGAUAGAGGUUUCAAAGACCAAGAUACCGAGGUCCAUGCUGAGAUCCAUGCUUCCAGUCCACAACCUUUUAUUGGCGUCCAUUUGCGUCGAGGAGACUUUUAUCACUACUGUCUCGGUAUCACAUCCCCUGCAGAUCCUAACGGCUGGAACCGAUGCUACCCUUCCACAGACCACAUCAUUUCGCUCGUCAACUCCUUUGAUUUCAGAUCUUCAUCUUCCAGAUCACUUUCUGACUAUUCUACCUCAAUAGUGCCCUCGUAUGAUGAGAAUAUUAACCCCGCUCUUGUUAAACGCCAGCAACACCUUUCGGAGUCUGUUAUAGACAACGAUAACAAUAGCAAUAACAGAAGCAUCAACAAACCAAAAAAGCCCCCUGUCCUCGUUCUGACUAAUGAACGUGAUCCUGCAGAACUCGCAAAGGCUGAUUCACAGGGCUGGAUCAGAGUUGAUCACGAGCGCUUGGGAACGCUAGAACGAUUUGGACGGUACGGUCCAAUCUUGAUCGAUGGAGCACUCCUCGCGAGAGCUACUCUGCUGAUCGGAGUCGAGUAUUCCACUUACUUUAGGACUGCCAGCAAGCGAGCCGAAACCUGGUAUGCUGGACAGACAUUGCUGGUUACAUAAAAG